AUGAAUAGACAAGAAAUUAAAGAACAGUCAGUCCCUUCCCUUCCAUACUACUUCUCUGACAAUGGCCACCUGCUUCACACAGACUCCAAUGAUCCUUACAGGUAUCUGUUCAGACGUGGUGAUCCUGAGGCUAACCAGAAAGAGGACCAGGCUUUGUGUUUCUUCAUCACCCAUCAUGUCCAACGACUAAUGGAGGAGAACUUCACCCUUCACAGGUUCUAUCUCCCAACUGAGCCUCUAAGUGAAGGCCUCAGUCAGGGCUUUGUGUACCUGAGCUCUGGAGCUCUAGAACACCCAGACAAACUGCUGGUGCUGAUCCAGGACCAGGGCACUGUGCAGUGUGGGCUGUGGAGCUGGAGGGCAGUGGCCCAUGAGGGUGUGGAGAAGGGCAGCCAGAUCCCCUAUGUACGGAGAGCCCUUGAGGAGUCUUACUCUGUGCUGUUGAUGAACCCAAAUGAAAAUGGUAAUAAUGACAGAGGGGAGUCAGCCAGUUGGCAUGUGCGCAGCGUGUGGGACCACCUCGUCAUGCACUGCGCUGACCAGCGCAUUGUUGUGGUUGCCCAUGGAUAUGGUGGACUGGCAUUUGUAGAUUUGCUAUGUCGGCGUUCACAGGAGGUGCAGCACAAGGUGUGGGCUGUGGCUUUCCUUGACUCCUCCCAUAACAUGUGGCACCAGCCAUUAGGGGACGAGGCACGUGAUUGGCUGCAGAGCUGUUCAAGGCGGUGGGUACCGAGUUCAAAGCCUCUGAACCAGAAUGUAGGUUCCAUUAAAGCGGGGGGGCUGCAGGUGUCUGCCGGGACCCAGAACCAACGCACUGUGCCUGCAGUCUGCAUGGAAUCAGUGUUCCAGUUCUUCUCCAAGAAGCUGCAGCCCAUACCUCCCACAGCCUUCAGUAUUGUCACCAGGAGCAGGAGUCUGGGGCAGGGGAGCAGCACACCUAACGCUUGA